ACUUUUUUUCAAGAGAGAGUUUAUCUUUUCAUGCACUGACAAUGAGCCCUAGACCCACUGAUUAACAUAGCUGCUUUAUCUGAAAGUAUGCUGAUAUCUUUUUGACAUGUCGCUUGGAUUUUUCGAAGGGACUUUGUUCCUUCGGACGAGUGGACGUUGAAAAUAACGCACACUCGCGCUCUUCCCUUCCCCGCUUAUUACAUCGGUGCACUCACCUGCAUGCGAAACACAUUGCGCGCGAAAGGUCGCGGCUCACCGCGGAGAGGAGGCCGAUGACGUUCGCGGAACGAGUGCGUGCGCGAUCAGGAGAGAUCGCGAUCGCGCGCGUGCGUACGCGAACGCGGUGAAAAGGACAAAAAAAUCACGAAAUCCCCAUUUGUCAUACGCGCGUUUCUCGUGACGUCACGUAAAACGUGAUCCGUUGCGACACACCGUGCGUCGACAGCAGGUCGCGUUUUAUCCGAUCCGCGCCUUGGCUUCCACCGGUCCCUGCCGGUUCCCCAUCAAGGUGGGGAAACGCGUGGUUUUCUGUAUCUGUAGUGGAAGACUAUAAAGCCCCACCAAUCGGCUGCGCUGCCGACAGUCCGCGCGCUUCUCGAAACAAUAAUGUAGUGCGUGAAAACGAUCUGAAAAGUCGAUCGGCGACGAAGCUAUCGGGAAAAUCGGGAUCUCCUUCAACGGAGACUUUUUCGCGCGAUCGAUCCCGCGAGAUCAAGACUGUAUCGGAAUAUAUAGUUUUCUACACAUUCCGCGCUCGAAAUAUAUAUAUAUUCCGUUCCUUUAUUCCUUACGGUCUUUGUAAAGUGAAUCGCUUUGUGGAUUAAUUUGUACGUCGAUUCAUCGUGAUUCUUGACACUGCUCUCCUCACGAGACUCAACAGAUAUCACGACGAUGACGGUCAUGGCCGAGUCCGCGAAAGUCGAGGAGGGCAACGAGAAGAUUGAGAAGAAGAUCGAGAACUUCGACGAUAUCCUACCGUACGUCGGCGAGGCGAGCAGAUACCAGUGGUUCUUGUUCUUCCUGCUCCUACCGUUUACCUUCGUUUACGCCUUUUUGUACUUCGCGCAAUUCUUCAUCACUCUCGUGCCCGCCGAGCAUUGGUGUACCAUACCAGAGUUGGAUGCCUACAAUCUCACAGAUCACGAAAAAAUCGCGGUAGGGAUUCCUCCAGCUACUGACGAAGAAUUGAGGUUGGAGAGCGCCACGUUGUUCUCGAGAUGCUACAUGUACGAUGUGAAUUACACCGAGCUGCUCGAGCAAGGUGUCAGACAGGCCAAUCUGUCGUGGCCGAUAAUCCGUUGCAAGCAAGGAUGGACCUUCAAUCACACGAUGAUACCGUACGCUUCGAUCGCCGCCGAGCUCGAGUGGGUUUGCGACAAGACUUUCCUUGGAUCCGCCGCCCAGUCGGCCUUCUUCGUCGGCAGCAUUAUCGGCGGUCUAAUAUUCGGCUACAUAGCUGAUCACUACGGCAGAAUCCCGGCGUUGGUAUCCUGCAACGCGGUAGGAUUCUUCGCCUCCAUCGCCACGGCGUUCUGCAACAGCUUUUGGUCUUUCUGCAUUGCAAGAAUGAUCGUCGGAUCGUCUUUCGACAAUUGCUUCAACGUACUCUUCAUCAUCGUGAUCGAGUACGUCGGUCCGAAAUACCGAACUCUGGUGGCAAAUAUGUCCUUCGGGAUUUACUUUGCCGCUGCCGCUGGUCUUCUGCCAUGGAUCGCAUAUUGGAUCGCAGAUUGGAGAAUUUUAAGCGUCGCCACUGCGUUCCCGAUGAUCGUCGCUUUCCUCGGUCCGUGGCUCGUCCCAGAAAGUGCACGAUGGUACAUCAUGAGCGGCAACGUUGACAAGGCAAUUAUCAUGCUAAAGAAAUUCGCCAAGGUCAACGGCAAGGAAGUGAAGCAGGAGGUGUUCGAGGAAUUUGAAAAGAGCUGCAGGAGCAUGAUCGAAAAGGACCAAUCGCAUAACCAGUACACGGUCCUGCACCUCUUCAAAUUGCCCCGGCUGGCUCGCAUCACCGUCAUGCUCGUUAUUUAUUGGCUGUUGAUGAUUCUGGUAUUCGACGGACACGUUUGGAACAUGAAGCUCUUGGAUCCCGACGUAUUCACGUCGUUUUCUUUAGCCGCGAUGACCGAACUUCCGGCGGCGAUUUUGCUGGCACUUUUCCUCGACAGAUGGGGCAGACGAUGGAUGGGCUUCGCUUCUAUGUUCAUAUGCGGCAUUUUCUCCUUUAUCGCCAUCGGUACUCCCCCGGGUGCACUAACCGUCACUAUGGCAAUUUUGGCGCGCCUGGGUGUCAAUAUCGCCGCGAAUAUCGGUUUCCAAUACGCAGCCGAGAUGUUGCCGACCGUAGUGCGGGCGCAAGGUGUGUCUCUGAUUCACAUUAUUGGCUACAUCGCUCACAUCGUCGGACCCUACGUGAUCUAUCUGGCCGACAUCAAUCAGCAUUUGCCGCUGAUAGCUCUUGGCCUUCUGUCAUUUCUCGAUGCGUUCUUAACUUUAGCGCUACCGGAAACUUUAGAUCAGGAGUUGCCUGAAACUUUGCAGGAGGGUAACGACUUUGGCACGGAUCAGAGCUUUUGGUGGAUCCCCUGCAUAUCCUCAACUCCGCAGUUAAAGAAAUCGCUGAGGAAGAAGAUGAAGAAGGAAGGCAUAACGAACUCAGCCUUCCAUCACGGUAGUAUUCAAACUAUCGACUGUACGAGAUUAUAACGGCCGUUCAUACGGUAUUCGUUGACGGUAAUUUGCCAAAUCGUUAUGUAAAUAUCGCGGCCAAAUUGUCCGCGUGUGUGUGUGUGUGUGAUCUUAGGUGUUAAACUGAAUGACGCGAUGGACACAUCAAGUGCAAUAACGUGCAGCAGAAGUGGCGCGGGACGCAAAUACGAGAUAUAAGAAUGCAGGAUUCAAUUCCGCGCAUCCGACUAGGUGUACAUACUACACGCUCCAGAUGGAUACGAGUGCCAACGCGAAUGCGCAACAUCGAAGUCGACGCGACCGUCGAUACGAGAGUGCCAGAUUACUUUUCCGAAUCGUUUCCAUCGCGACGCGACGUUUCCAUUUCGACUUUCUCCUCUCUCUUUUUCAGGAUGCAGCUGUGUGUACAAAGCUAUUUGAAGUAGUUUUAGCGAGACUAGAGCUGUGUUCGGGAAGCGCGUGAUUCCGUCAUUCUAUCUUUAUUGUUCAUUAAACGUAGAAUAAAGGAUAAAAUGACACAAUAGAGCUGACAGCACGCUCCGCGAACGCAGCCUAGAGUGGCGGGUGAGCUUCUCCGUUCCGUUCGCGAGAUAUCACAGGGAUCGGAGAUCGGUGUAAUAUCGAUAAAUCUUGAAUUUUUUACAUUACACAGAAGCCUAGUGUGCCAAAUGCCGCGUUUUAUUUACUCACGAGUAAACGUACGCCAAGUACACUGCUCAAAAGUAUUUCCCCUCUUUGCCUUGAAUUGAUGGGAAUUUUGAAAUAAAGAAUGAAUUUCAAUCUUUCGUCCUAAUUUUCUAAAUAUUGAGCUUGAUAGUAAUCUUGAUGGCUCAAAAUUUUACAUAUCAUAUAUUUAAAGCAUAUAAUGAAUUAUAGGCGCAAAAGAAGUGCAUACAAGAAUCAGAGCGCGCAAAUAUUUUUGAGCGGCAGUGUAGAUAAAUAUCGCGUGCUAUUCAUAUACAUUGUUCUCUACGAACUCAGUUGAAUUAAAAUGUCUUUUACAAAGGGAUGUUCAUCCCUUCGCUCAUUGUUCCUUGUCUUUCCGAUGAACGAUGUCUCUGAGCCGGUACAUAAAGGACAACUCAUUUUCCGUAUCGAGAUACAAAUACGGAGAUCAUCUUGUUAUAUUUGAUAUUCUUGAAAGGAUGCGACGGUUUAGAUGAACCAUGCAAACAGAUAAAGAGCCUGCCGUCGCUUUCUUGAUAUGUCAUCAAGAGAUUGUUGCGAAAUUGCUAGCGGUGAUAGCAACCGCGAAUUAAUUUUCGUUACAUAAGUAGAAAAUUUUAGAUAAUUUAAUGUACAUAGGCACGGCAUGAAAACACUUUUUUCACCUUUCACUGCCAAACUUGGAAAUUCUUUCGAAAAUCGCGGAAGACGUCAAUAUUUCGCUCAUCGCCAUCUGAAGGUGGUCAAAAUAAUAGUAUUAAAUAAAAGAACAAGUUAUUUCAUCCA